AUGGGUUUCUUUUCCUCCUCUUCAUCGUCAAAGGGCGACACAAACGCAGCGGCAAACCAAGCGCCCACACGCUCGUCUCGGCGGCAGUGCUGGGAGUCGCGCGAUGCCUACUACGCCUGCCUCUCGUCGCACCGCAUCGUCGUGCCGCCGGGCACAGACAUGUCCGACGGGCGCGGCAUGCUGGGCGAAGCAGCUGCAGAGGAGCAGCGGACCAAACGGGACCGGCUGGAGGACGAGGUGAAGAAUGAUCCCUGCGCCAGUGCGAGGGGUCCCUACGAGGAGAACUGUGCAAAGAGCUGGAUCGACUACUUCAACAAGCGGAGAGUGCUGGAGGAAAGACAAAAGCUCCUAUAUAGCCAGGGUGCACAGCCCACGACUUCAUCACUACCGCCGUCUCGAGGGAGUAGCAGCGGCAAGUAG